GUCCAACAGCGUCCUUGAUCCUGCAAUCAGAGUGGGGGCAUGGGCUGUGUCUUCACCCUUCUUGAUCUCAGUUGGAAUGGAAUGGACAGAGUGGCCACACACCUGCUCACAAAUGUCCUGUGGGCAGCCCAUCAUGUGCCACUGCAUCCUGGUGGUCUCCUGUUGUAGUGGGAACACCUGCUGCCCCUGUGAGCAUGGGCAUGGCUGGGCAAAGGCUGGGGAAGAGGUGCUGCUCUGCCUUGCUGGGCUUUUUGUUAGGGAAGGAAAUGCUGUGGGGCAGCUACAGCAAGGUGACCUUUGGCUCAGGGACCGGAUUGUCCAUCCAGCCCAAAGCUCCUCCGUCUCCUUCAGCCUACAGGCUGACCUCUAAAGAUGAUGAGGAUUUGGAAAUGUGCCUUAUCACAGAUUACUCCCCUGAAAAUAUCGCUUUUUACACUGCUGAGAAGGCCACAUCUGCUGUUGUCGAGGUGGCAACAGCUGAGAACAGCGCGGAAUCGAGCUACCUGUCAACCUACUGGGCCAGGAGAGAUGAAAUGCAGUGUGGUGCCAGUCAUGUGGGCUUUGGAGAACUGGAGGGCGAGGACCCUGAAAGUGGUACCAGCACUGUCUGUGUUACAGGGCUGUCCCUACACUUCAGGACAGAUGAACACCUGAACACACUGUCUUUAUCACAGCUGGGCCUGAAAAUAAUUUUAAUGAAAGGAUUAAUUUUUAAUGUGGUGAUGACAAUGCUCCUGUGGAAAAAAGAAAAUUGAAAGUAACCGGAUGGUGCAAUCCAAAAAAAUCUCCUGAGGAAUCUUUGAGAGACCACUGAGAGCAAGAGGGAACACAGGAAUAUUCCUGAUGCAAGGAACAUCUCUUGUUGUUCUUAUAUAUCACACCAACCAUUCUAUUCUAAAUUGCUUUGUUUGCAUUGCUACAAAAUUACUCAAAACUAAGCUUAAAAUUUGCAGCUUUCUGCCCCCUCGAAUGGUUCAUUAACCUCUUCUGCAGGCAGCAGACAUUGCUAUAAAUAUAGAUUGCCAAACAUCACUGUUACUUGCACUAAAAUGACAAUUUCUGCCUGGAGCAGUGCUGUUUGAUGAAAACUGUGAGCUAAAUAUCACCUGAAUGUCAAUUUUUCCUAUUUUGGUAGAUUCAGGGUAUGCAUGUCUCUUAGGGUGCACCCCCUAGCCACCUUUUCAUGUACAAAUAAAACAAUUUGAAAAGCAAAGGGAGACUUUCUCAGGAUGCUGUGCAUCAUGUCCUGCUAUCCUUUGCUAGAUCAGAGCAAGAAAUCCCUUAUUUCCCCUAAAGGAUGUGCUGCUAUGUGUCCCAGAAGUCCUAAAUUCAGUGAAAUUGUCACCUCACUAUCACAGACAAAAAAAAAAAAAAAAAAAAAAAAAAAAAAAAAAAAAAUUAUUUUCUGAAGUCUAUCUGGCCUUACUAUUUCCUGAAUUUAAACCAGCUUCAGAUUUGGCUUUGUAUUCAGUAAAAAUACAAACCACCUUUGUUCUUUUUGUUUAGGUCUAACAACCUGAGGUUUCCUAACUUCUUUUUAUAACCAUUGCAUAAAAAUAUACUGUAAUAUUUACCUGUCCACAUGCCGCUAAUGCAUGAACUGUACUGGCACCCACACCGUGUCUUGGCAUUUCUUUAGGCCUUUGGUUGUUAUUAAACAAUUCUUACCAAAAUGAGAAA